GAGAGUUAGGCGCCAGGCGGCGUGUCUGCGCACGUUGUUGCUUCGGUGCGGCUACCGGUCUGUCCCUGGUCCCUUUUGCGCUGCCAGGGUAACGCUGACUCCGUAAGCUCUUCAGGUGGCCUUUCGGCAGUUUUUGCGUGCGCCAUGGGCAAAGCCAGGGGCAAGGCCCUGGGGGGAAAGGCCCUGGGGAGCCAGGCUAGAAGCCAGAAGGCCAAGCCCUCCGCCAAUCCCAACCCCUUCGAAGUGAAAAUCAACCGGCAAAAGUUCCAGAUCCUGGGAAGGAAAACGCGCCACGACGUGGGCCUGCCGGGAAUAUCUAGAGCCAAGGCCAUCAAGAAGCGUACACAAACCCUACUAAAAGAGUACAAAGAAAGGGACAAAUCUAAUGUAUUUACAGAUAAACGCUUUGGGGAAUACAACACUAAAAUAAGUCCAGAAGAAAAGAUGAUGAAGAGAUUUGCCCUAGAACGCCAGCGUAACAAUGAAAAGAAAAGCAUUUAUAAUCUCAAUGAAGAUGAAGAAUUAACGCAUUAUGGCCAGUCUUUGGCAGAUAUUGAAAAAUUUAAUGACAUUGUUGAUAGUGACAGUGAUACUGAAGAAAGAGGAAUGUUAUCUGCUGAGUUAACUGCUUCCCAUUUUGGAGGAGGGGGCGGGCUCCUUCGCAAGAAAACCUCUGAACCAGGAGAGGAGGAAGAGAAACCAAAGUCACGUAAAGAACUGAUAGAAGAACUCAUUGCAAAAUCAAAACAAGAGAAGCGUGAGAGACAGAUUCAACGAGAAAAUGCUCUUGAACUCACUGAGAAAUUGGACAGUGAUUGGAAAGAAAUCCAGUCUCUGCUAUCUCACAAAACCCCCAAAUUGGAAAAAAAGGAUAAAGAAGAGAAACCUAAGCCUGAUGCAUAUGACAUAAUGGUCCGGGAGCUUGGAUUUGAAAUGAAGGCACAACCCUCAAACAGGAUGAAGACUGAGGAGGAGUUGGCCAAAGAGGAGCAAGCACGACUCAAAAAGCUAGAGGCUGAUAGACUUCGCCGGAUGCUUGGGAAGGAAGAUGAUGAAAAUAUUAAGAAACCAAAGCACAUGUCGGCAGAUGAUUUAAAUGAUGGCUUCAUUCUAAAUAAAGAUGAUCGGCAUUUACUUUCUUAUAAAGAUGGGAAGAUGAAUCAAGAAAUAGAUGACCCUAAUGAGGAAGAGCAAGCCCAAGAAGGCGGUGAAGAAGACAGUGAAAGGGAAGAGGAUGAAGAGCCAGAGACGGAGGAUUCACAAGAAAGUGAUGCCCCAGAUAGUCAUUCCGACCUUGAAUCUGAUGGGGACAGUGAGCAAGAAGAGAUUGUGUAUGAGAAUGGAAAGAAAAAGCCAGUUCAGGCACCUGAAAAAAAUACAAAUGAUACAAAACAAAAAGCAGUGUUCGAAGCUGCUAGAUCUGAACUCCCAUAUACGUUUACUGCUCCUGAUUCUUAUGAGGAACUUAAGUCUUUACUCUUAGGAAAAUCAACAGAACAGCAGCUUGUGGUGAUCGAGAGGAUUCAGAAAUGCAACCAUCCAAGUCUUGCUGUGGGAAACAAAGCAAAAUUAGAAAAACUAUUUGGCUUCCUUCUGGAGUACAUUGGGGAUUUGGCUACUAAGACCCCACCAGAUCUAAAAACUGUUGACAAGUUAAUUGUGCAGUUGUACAAUCUUUGCCAGAUGUUUCCUGAAUUUGCAAGCAGUUCUGUUAAAUUUGUCCUCAGAGACGUUGUACAUGAGAUGGAAGAAAUGAUUGAAAUCAAAGGCCGUGCAUCAUUUCCGGGAUUAGAUGUGCUCAUUUAUUUGAAAAUUACUGGAAUAUUAUUUCCGACUUCUGACUUCUGGCAUCCAGUAGUAACACCUGCACUAGUGUGUAUGAGUCAAAUUCUCACUAAGUGCCCUGUCACAUCACUCCAAGAUGUUGUUAAAGGACUGUUUGUGUGCUGCUUAUUCCUGGAAUAUGUAUCCUUGUCCCAGAGGUUUGUACCUGAACUUAUUAACUUCCUUGCUGGAGUGCUUCACAUAGCAACUCCCAACAAAGAUACUCCAGGUUAUAUUCUGGUGCAUCCUUUCAAACCACUGGGAAGAAAUUCGGAACUGCUCCUGGUUUCCAGUAAGGACGAUAUGGACACGUGGCCCAAGAGAGGCCUCCCGCUCAGCAGAGUGAAUACCUUAAAGGAAAGCAGUGAAACAGAAACCAAUCACAUCAGAUUAUCCUGUGUAUCUGUGUGUUUAAAUCUCAUUAAACGGUGCUUAACUAUGUACAGUACACUACCCUCCUUUCCUGAAAUCAUGAAACCCAUCAGAGUCCUCCUUACAGAGCAUGUUCCAGAGUAUGGCUAUCCCAGAGAGCUGCAAGAGCUGUGCCAGAGCAUAUUACAAGAAAUGGAAAACCAAGACAAAAAUUAUCAGCCUCUAGUGUGUGAAAAGAGCAAGCCAGUGCCGUUGAAGUUAUUCACGCCUAAAGUGGUGAAAGUCCUCGAGUUCGGAAGAAAGCAAGGGAGCAGUAAGGAGGAGCAAGAAAGGAAGAGAUUAAUUCAUAAGCACAAACGUGAAUUUAAAGGAGCUGUCCGUGAAAUUCGCAAAGAUAAUCAGUUCCUGGCGAGGAUGCAACUUACAGAAAUCAUGGAAAGGGAUUCUGAACGAAAACGAAAAGUGAAACAACUUUUUGGUAGCCUGGCUACCCAGGAAGGUGAAUGGAAGGCUCUGAAGAGGAAAAAGUUCAAAAAAUAAAUUGUUUUAUGAGAAAAAAAUAAUUUAUUCUAUAUUUGUGAAUUCAGAUCACUCUUGGCUUUUGUACAGUGAAUUUUUUUUUUUAUCAAAGUUCCAUGGAAGAGCUCACAUUUCUACCCAUUGUGCAAAUACAGAGUCUAGUGUAUAUAUUGGAGCAUUGCUGGAAUCAAAUCGUAUUCCUUAACUGUUUCAAAUAUGAAUGACUUCUGGUAUAUUUUUGUAGUUUAAUAAAACCUCAACUUGGAAGAAAACUGGUUAAUUUGUAACGGAGUUAGCGGAGAGGCUAAGUGAAGUUUAGCCAGCAGGCCCAUUUCACUUCAGCCUCCUUCUCAACACACUACCAAGUCCAGAAUGGGGAGUACAGACCCUACUGAGUGACUCCUGACCUUGUAGGGCCUCUGGGGUCUGAGGCAAGUCCUUGCUUCUCCAGCGGAGAAGUUAUAGGAUUUGGGAUUGAGGUGGACUGAAUAAAUGUUAUUUUUCAAAGUGAA